AUGGCUGAAAAUACACAAAGUACUGCUUCGCAACCAACAGACGUCAACAAGAUACGAUCACUUCUCAAGGCCAAAGAUGAUACCCAAAGAUUUGUAGGACUAGCCCUCCUAAAAUCUCUUCUCGACAGCUCAGAACAACUUCGCCAAGAUGAGCAAACAGUUCAAGGUCUAUGGUCCAGUCUCUCGCCCAAGUUCCUCGACCGACUACUACGCACAGGCUCAAAGCCUUCAACUCAGAAUUCAAAAGAGAUGUUGGAUUUGGCUGUAUCUGUCUUGUACAUUUUCUCCAUUCUUCUUCCCGAUCAGGCUAAGAGUGACGCCAAAUUCAUCAACAGAAUCCCCUUGCUCGUCAAUGCAGUUCUCUACAGCCCUGAAGACACCACAAAGUUAAUACUUCAACUACUACAUAUGCUAGCAAGCUCACAGCAAGGAGCACAAGAAUUUAUCAAGGUGGAAGACUUUAGCUCCCUUACCGAGAUCGCUCCUAGCCAUGCACAGGUUCUGGAUAUCUUUUGCUUUGCAUGGCUCAAUUCUAUGACAACCAUUGAAGAUCCCUCUACGCUGGUGAGGCAGAUUGACGACACGAUUCAAAGUCUGGUCUCAUCAUUCACUGGAACUGAUGCUGUCACUCUUCUCGAGUUCCUUGGUUACUUUCUUCGGCAUGCCAACUCUUCUAUUCUUCCUCAGCAUCCCAAGUGGCUCAAAGUAGUCGUUAGCUACAUUCAAAACCUCGUCACAAGUAGGCCAACACCUGAAGCCCGAGCGGCAUAUACGAAUGCCACAGCCUCGAUACUCCAAGCUUUCCCGUCCGAGGCACCGAAGUUGGUGUUUAUCGACGACAAAAAGGAUGACAAGGCCUUCUCAUACCUACUCAUCAACCUCCUACUCAUUGAUAUUCGCUCUUCGGCUCCCACUCUUCUAGAACAGCUAAAUAAGCCCGAGUACCCCAAAGUCUCAACACGCCUCACAUCUGCAUUCGACGUCAUCUCAAUCUUCAUUGGAUACCUCGUGCAGUGUUUGGAAGACGAGUCCAUGGAAACCUUCUUCAUGACCCCUGAGAACCUCCUUAAGCUCCGUAAGGGCAUUUCCGAGACAAUGUCUCUCACAGCCGAGUAUCUUCGCGAUCGAUGGGAUGCUUCUGUUGCCGGAGCCAUGGGACUACAUCCAGACGCUCGUACUGGUACGAUAGACACAUCAGCUGGAGUCCACCACACACUCGCUUGGGACUCAAUGAGAGAUAAUGCUGAUGAUGAUAUGUUCAUACUUUCAGCUGUGCGAGCGUUGGCGCUCUGGCUGCGAGAAGAGGAGAAUGAUAUCCUGCGAAAAGAGGCUACGGGUUUGAUGGAUAUGUUUAUGGAUCUUUACAAAUCCAGCUCUCAGCAUAAACUCGACUUCCGAUCUCCGGUCCUCGUGGCUCUCGAGGGUGUGACUACGCUACCCAAAGGUCGCGAGCUGUUGCUCGUCAACGAAGGGUGGACAAUUCUCGCUCACGAUCUGAACUCUAUUCUGCAGCAUGCCUCACAGACUUGGGGAGAGCAGGAGGUUGCUCGGGCUACAGACAUUGUUCGCAUUCUGCUUCCCAUAGUUGAGCAAGAAUCCAACGGUGUUCCUGAAGCUUGGAUGGAUCUCAUCACUUCAGUGGCAGCAUGGGAUGUCCCUGACUCAGGAUUACCACCCCAGGUACAGGAAGCAGUAAUAUCCUCUUUGCAACUUUGCUGCGCGGUGCUUGUAGCGGCGAACCGGGGCAUGCGGCAGAGAUAUAAGCACUCUAUUGCUGCUAUCUAUGGGAUUGCGUCUCAACUUGCUAAGCAAGUCAGUCAGGAUAACCCUGAGAGGGAAAUGUUAGAAGACGUUCUUGCUACAUUGGGUUCGUUAAAGCAGGAGUGA